AUGGACGCCCCAAAGAAGACAAUCGAACCGGUGACACAUGUUAUUUUCGAUAUGGAUGGAACAUUACUAGAUACCGAAAACAUUCACAAAAAAACGUACAGGAUCAUUGCUCAAGAAUUUGGUACGACGUUUUCGCCGGAACUCCGUAUGAAAAUAAUCGGACGUCCAGAACUGGACGGAGCCAAAGAAGUAAUAAAAACAUUGAAAUUAGAAAUAAAGCCCGAAGAUUAUGUACAAAAAGUGAAACUUCUAGAAGAAAACUUAUGGACAAAAGUGCCGCUGUUACACGGAGUACGGGAUCUAGUAACGCAUUUGCACAGCCAAGGGAUUCCCAUGGCGGUGGCGACGAGUAGUAGCAAGAAAAGUUACAACAAGAAGACUUCUAGCCACAGGGAACUAUUCGGACUGUUCCAUCACAUAGUCACAAGUCCCAGCGAUCCGGAAGUGAAGCGCGGCAAACCGGCACCGGACAUUUUUAGAGUGUGCGCUUCUAGGUUCCCGAGGGAGCCCGACGUCUCCGAAUGCUUGGUGAUAGAAGAUUCGCCAAACGGAGUGGCGGCGGCCGUCGCAGCCGGCAUGCAAGUUGUCAUGGUGCCCGACCCGAUGAUGCCUAGGGAGCUGACCACCGAAGCCACGUUGGUCAUAGACUCGAUAGAGGACUUUGAACCGGAAAUCUUUUCGCUGCCGCCUUACUUUUAUCUAAAAGAAACUAAACAACCGAUUAUUAAUGACAUAUAA